AAGGAGAUCCCCCGGCUUCUACACUUCUGUGAGUGAAAAUUCGUGCCACCGAGUCAUGAAUGACAGUGAAAUACCAAGCUCAUGAUAAAUCCUAGCGGCUGGAACCUAAGGAUUAUCCACUGGUCGAGAAAAUUUCUGUGACAAACCAAAACCUCGAUGUCGCUGAGAGCUUUUAUUUUCCUGAGCUGCUUACUCAGUUCGCAAGCCCGCCUCCUGGACAUUUGGGAUGUCGAGGUGGGAGACCAGCACAUUGGCUCUGCCAGAGCUCCCCUGGAUACAUAUUCAGUCUUAGCAGAGGAACGAGGCAUCCAACUAUUUGAUGGAGAUAACGAUGUGGCUUACAGGUGGGUGGGAAAUUCGUCGUCAAUUUUUCGAAAUGAAUUUCCUGUCACUGGAGAGGAAUUUGCAGCUGAACGAGUGCUCCUGGUUUUCCAGGGCGUUGAUACUUUCGCGAAAAUUUCAAUUAAUGGUCAUACACUGGGGAACACCAGGAACAUGCAUUUGCGGUACUUCUACGAUGUGAAGGAAUAUCUCACUAUUGCGAAAAACAACAACAUAAUCAUAAAUUUCGAGUCGGCGGUAAAAGUGGCGGAAUCUCUCUCUAACAAUCAAUCAAGGACUUACCCCAUUCCCCCAAAAUGCGUGCCCUCGUCGUACAACGGCGAAUGCCACGUGAAUCACAUUCGUAAGAUGCAGGCGAGUUUCGCCUGGGACUGGGGACCAGCCUUCCCAGUUGCAGGUCUAUGGAAUAUUCCCCAGCUCAUUACGUUCAACGACUCCACUCUCUUCGACACCACAGUAGACAUAGAAUUAGCAGAGGGUUUCUGGAGUGUAACAGUGACUGCUCACCUGGAGAAUGCCCCCAGUAGCCCCUCAAAACCAGUUGUAGGGACUCUGGUCACUAGCCUGAUGAUAGCGGCUCCUGAGUUGAAGGGAAACCCCUGGAUCGGCGAGCCCUGGAGACAUGAUCCCGGAGAAUUUACCAGCAACAGCACAACCUUCAGAAUUACGAACAACCAGAAAACUUCAUUUUUAUCGGUAAUCAUGAGAAUUCCAGAAUCAAAAAUCAGCAGGUGGUGGCCAAGCGGCUACGGUGAUCAAAACCUCUACAAGUUGAAUAUCACCCUGAUGACCCCCAGCCACUCAGAAUGCAAAAUUCGAAGUGUUGGCUUCCGGACCAUCAAACUGGUCCAAGAACCUUUGAAAAAGGGCCUGACUUUCUACUUCAAGGUGAAUGACGUACCGAUCUUCGCAAAAGGAACGAACAUGAUCCCGUCAAGUAUUCUGACGGGUGAAUCCAACAGAAGAAUAGCCAGCAAUUACCUACUGACGCACAUGAAGAUGACACAUCAGAAUAUGGUGAGGCUAUGGGGUGGAGGAAUUUAUGAAAGCGAUGAUUUCUACGACUCGGCUGACACGUACGGCAUCAUGAUCUGGCAGGAUUUUAUGUUCGCCUGUGCAAUGUACCCAACUACCCCUGAUUUUUUAGCUUCAGUACGAGAGGAAGUGAAACAGACCGUUUCCAGAUUGAAGAGUCAUCCUUCAGUGGUCCUAUGGGCUGGUAAUAAUGAGAAUGAGGCUGCAUUGUAUGGGAAUUGGUACGGCACAGGUAACGAAAAAGUGUACAAGGACGACUACAUAAAACUUUACAUCGACUUGAUAAAAACAGAAGUUGAGGAAAAUGACAAGUCGAGACCCUUUUUGGCCUCCAGCCCUACAAACGCAGACUACAGUGCGCAAAAUGGUUGGAUCGAGUCGAAUCCUUACUCCAAUAUCUAUGGUGACAUUCACUACUACAAUUACAUAGCCAAUGGCUGGGACAUAAACACCUAUAAACGACCAAGAUUCUCGUCGGAAUAUGGCUUCCAGUCAUUACCAUCAAUCAAGACCUUGAAAGAGUACAGCAAAAAUCCUGAAAUCGAUCUCGUCCUUGGCUCUGACUUCCUCAAGCAUCGACAGCAUCUCCCGGGUGGUGAUGCCUUCAUGAAUAUGCAGAUUAAAAUGAAUCUCCGGAUUCCAGACACUGGGGAUUCCCAGAGGGACUUUCAGAACUACAUCUAUCUCAGUCAGAUUCAACAGGCGGUGGCUGUUAAAAUUCAAACUGAGAGUUAUAGACAGGCCAAGAGUGAUGUCAAUGAAAUCGGCGAGGGUAUGACUAUGGGGGCACUCUAUUGGCAGCUCAACGACGUAUGGGCAGCACCCUCGUGGUCGUCCAUUGAUGUCGCUGGCAGGUGGAAGAUGCUGCAUUAUUAUGCUGAGGAAUUCUUUGCACCUGUUGUUGUCAACUCCAGACUUACUUUUGAUAAGUUGACAAUUUUUAUCGUGUCGGAUGAUUUGGUGGAGAUUGUCGAUUGUCAUGUGGAGAUGAAUUUUCACAGAAUUUGGAAUGGCACGAUGCCACAGAUCCAUACUAAGCUGCUGGAUAAAGUUACUGUUCCAGGGAAUUCUGCAGUAGAACUUCCCACUCUGAGCCUCCAGGAGGUUCUGAAAGAGGCAUCUUGUGGAUUGACAUUCGAGGAGGCAAAGACAAAUUGCAUAAUCGAAUUAAUUCUCAGAUCCUCUUCCAACAAGCAACUAGCCCCUAUCAACUACGUUUAUCCAGCGCCUCUUAAGGAACUCGAUCUGCCUGUCUGUAAUCUUAAGGUGUCCGUCAGCGCAAUCCUCCCAUGGAGCAAGCAUGAUCAUAUGUACAAUCACUAUUGGCGUAGCUACAACGUUACAAUCACGAGUAAUUGCACCCAGUUGUUCGUUUGGUUCGAUGGUGACGGUUUUGGCGCUCCGAGAUUCUCAGAGAAUGGCUUUCACCUGCUCAAAGGAUCGAAAACAAUUUUUCUGUUAGCGGAGUCUACAUUUGGAAUGUAUCAGUUACCGGACAUUACUGUCACAACUCUGGGCUUCAUUUAUGCCACUCCACCACCCUGUAUAAAGGUCCUUCUAAAUUGUCGUUAUUCUUAGAGUGUGAAUAGUUAAGAAAUAAUUUAAUGGAAAAAUUCAAGGGAAUUCGCCAAAAUUUUUAGUAACUACUAACGGUGGAAAAUACACGUCGUAAUGUGCGUGAAUUUCAAGUACGAUCAAGACCACUAGUACCACGAAUGCACCACCAAUCAAUGUAUAAAUCCAAUUAAACAUUUUUUUACAAUUUUUGAGAAUAAUAUUUGUAAUUUUAUUUCAACAUUUUACACUGCAUGAAUAGAAACUUUAAAAAAUCACAUAGUAAUUUUGGCAUAUGUCAAGCGAAUUGUGAACUAGACAAACGAACGCUGAAGAUGUUAUCAUUAUUUGAGUAAGUGAGAUAGCCAGAGAAGAUAAGCCCAAAAAUUUCUGAAGACUUCUCACUUUGUUAAGCAACAUUUUUAAUGCCUUAAUAAAUGCAUUAUAAACUAUGCCCCACGGAAAAAUAAACACAAAUAAA